UUAAUUUUGCACCUUAUUAAAUAAAAAUAAUAAUUGUGUGUGUUGUGUGUAUAAUAUAAGCUCUCGUGCUUCUGCACCACCCUCGAUCUAUUAUUCUUACCCAUUCUGCUCUCUCCAAACCCAAAAUAAUUCUCUUCUCUGUUCUUCGGCCAUUGUCGCAUAAAAGCAAUUAAACUCUCUGAAGGUUUCCAACGAGUUUAAUUAGCAGUAAAGUCAGAAGAGAUCCAUCGGUACUUACAAUCUCUCCAUAGAGUGAAAUCUCAUUUAAUAACCAACGACUAGUCAGGUGAAUGGGGUUGUCUUGUACGUUUCAGCAAUAAAUGGAGAUAGAGAACGAGGAAGACAAUCCAGCAUUGGGUGAUUCUGGAGGAGACUUCGACUGCAACAUAUGCUUGGACCAGGUUCGAGACCCGGUCGUGACUUUAUGUGGCCACUUGUUUUGUUGGCCCUGCAUAUACAAGUGGACUAAUUCCUUCAACAAUUCAAGACAACGCGUCGAUCAAUACGAUAAGAAGGAAUCACCAAAAUGUCCGGUCUGCAAAUCCGAUGUCUCCGACGCUACGGUUGUCCCAAUUUACGGCCGGGGACAGAAAACUCCCCGGUCAGGUUCAAACAUACCGGACAGACCGGUUUAUGACUUGAGAAGAGUUGGUCAACGCUCUGGAGAAGGGGAAAGUCACCGGUACAUGUAUAGUAUGCCUGAUCCUGUAAUGGGUGUGGUAUGCGAAAUGGUAUACCGGAGACUAUUUGGAGAGUCUUCGAGCAACGUGUCACCGUACCGGCACGACCGUGACACGAGUCUCCGGUUGAGACGGCGGACAAUGCAGACGGAGGAGUCACUAAGUAGAGUCUACCUGUUCCUGCUUUGCUUCAUGGUUAUGUGUCUACUUCUCUUCUAAUUAUAAUGUCCUCUAAAUAUAUUAAAAUGAGUAUGCAUAUUAGCAUAUAUAUGGGUCUAAUUAAGAGUGUAUAUAUAUAUGUGUAUGUGUAAGAGUGUUGAAUCCUGAAAUUGUAUGAUGAGAACAUAAUAAAGUCCAGAUCAAGAAACGGCACCAAUUGGCAUUUGUA